GCAUUUUAUUCCAUGUCGUGGACAUGGCUACCUAACUAAAGUAACCAUAAGCAAGCAACUGCAAAAUAAAAACUGAAGAGCAAACACGAUGAUGUUGGAUCUAGGUCCCUUCUCAGACGAGAAAUUCGACCCGAAGAAAUGGAUCAACUCAGCUUGCCAAUCACGCCAUCCGCAGGAAUCACUAGACAAGCACCUUGUGGAUCUCGAAAUGAAGCUGCAAAUGAUUUCCGAGGAGAUUUCCGCUUCUCUUGAAGAGCAAAGCGCCGCCGCUCUCCUCCGUGUUCCGCGCGCCACUCGCGAUGUCAUUCGCCUCCGUGACGACGCCGUUUCACUUCGCAAUUCUAUCUCUGCUAUUUUUCAGAAGCUUAAGAAGGCAGAAGGAUCAUCAGCGGAGUCUAUUGCUGCACUUGCUAAAGUUGAUACUGUUAAACAGAGAAUGGAAGCUGCUUAUGAUACUUUGCAGGAUGCUGCCGGAUUAACUCAGUUAAGUUCGACUGUAGAGGAUGUAUUUGCCAGUGGUGAUCUUCCUCGAGCUGCAGAAACCUUGGCUAACAUGAGGCAUUGCUUGUCUGCUGUUGGAGAGGUGGCUGAAUUUGCUAAUGUUAGGAGACAACUUGAGGUUUUGGAGGAUAGGCUGGAUGCGAUGGUCCAGCCUCGUCUAACAGAUGCAUUGUCCAAUCGCAAGAUUGAUGUUGCCCAAGAUUUGAGAGGAAUUUUGAUUCGAAUUGGGAGAUUUAGGUCUCUGGAGAUGCAUUAUACAAAAGUUCACUUAAAGCCUAUUAAGCAGCUCUGGGAAGAUUUCGACUCGAGACAACGAGCUAACAAGCUUGCAAGCGAGAAGCAUGAAGUGGAAAGGCUAUCCACCCAUAGUGAUUUUCCUACAGUUUCAUUUUUGAAUUGGUUGCCGAGUUUCUAUGAUGAGCUGCUGCUUUAUCUUGAGCAAGAGUGGAAGUGGUGUAUGCUCGCUUUUCCAGACAAUUACAAAAUUCUUGUACCAAAGCUCCUAAUUGAGACAAUGCAAGCAAUCGGGGCGACCUUUGUUUCACGUAUCAAUUUUGCAACAGGAGAUGUUAUUCUUGAAACAAAAGCACUUGCCAAAGGCAUAUUAGAUAUUCUGUCUGGAGAUAUGCCAAAUGGUGUCAAGAUUCAAACAAAGCAUCUGGAGGCCCUUAUUGAGUUGCACAACAUGACAGGGACCUUUGCAAGGAACAUUCAGCACUUGUUUUCGGAGUCUGAUCUCCGAAUUUUAUUGGACACUCUGAAGGCAGUUUACCUUCCUUAUGAAUCAUUUAAGCAGAGGUAUGGACAGAUGGAGCGUGCCAUUCUUUCUUCUGAGAUUGCAGGAGUGGACCUAAGGGGGGCUGUUACUCGUGGCGUGGGAGCUCAGGGAAUUGAACUAAGUGAAACAGUUCGAAGAAUGGAAGAAUCUAUUCCUCAAGUCAUUGUACUUCUUGAAGCAGCUGUAGAGAGGUGCAUUAACCUUACUGGUGGCUCUGAGGCAGAUGAACUGAUUCUUGCACUUGAUGACAUAAUGCUACAAUACAUCUCUCUACUGCAAGAGACCCUCAAGUCUUUAAGAGCUGUCUGCGGAGUGGAUAAUGUCAGUGAUCCAAAGAAAGACACAGGUUUGGAUAAAAAGGAAGGUGGCCAAAAUGUACGCAAAGCUGACUCGGUAUCAAAUGAGGAGGAAUGGUCAAUUGUCCAAGGGGCUUUGCAGAUACUAACAGUUGCAGAUUGUCUAACAAGCAGAUCCUCUGUGUUUGAAGCAUCCUUGAGAGCCACUUUGGCUAGACUGAGCACAAGUUUGUCUCUCCCGGUAUUUGGAUCAAGUUCAGACCACAUCCAGGCACAUGUUGGGAGUAAUGCUGGAAGUGGGGAGCCGCCAUUGGGUGGAAGGGCUGCUUUGGAUAUGGCAGCUAUCCGGCUUGUUGAUGUCCCUGAGAAGGCUCGGAAACUAUUUAACCUUUUAGAUCAGUCCAAAGAUCCUCGGUUUCAUGCUCUUCCACUAGCAUCACAGAGAGUUGCAGCAUUUGCUGACACAGUGAGUGAGCUUGUGUAUGAUGUCCUCAUAUCUAAAGUACGGCAACGCCUCAGUGAUGUGUCUCGUUUGCCGAUUUGGUCCUCAGCAGAGGAACAUAGUGCUUUUCAACUUCCAACUUUUAGUGCAUACCCACAAUCAUAUGUAACCAGUGUAGGUGAAUAUCUUCUUACCUUGCCCCAACAGCUGGAGCCCCUUGCUGAGGGUAUAUCUAGCAGUGAUGCCAACAAUGAUGAAGCUCAGUUUUUUGCAACUGAAUGGAUGUUCAAGGUUGCGGAAGGAGCCACCGCUCUUUACAUGGAGCAGUUGCGCGGAAUUCAGCACAUAACGGAUCGGGGAGCACAACAGCUGGCUGUUGAUAUCGAGUACUUGAGUAAUGUGCUUUCUGCUCUAUCUAUGCCCAUCCCUCCCAUCAUCGAAACAUUCCACACAUGCCUCUCAACUCCAAGAGACCAGCUGAAACAUCUCGUGAAAUCAGAUGCAGGGAACCAACUUGAUCUACCAACAGCAAACCUUGUCUGUAAAAUUCGGCGGAUUAGCUUAGAUUAAGAUUAUGCAUAUCUAUUUCUUAAUAUAAUUUUUGAUGUAUUCUUUGAUUUUUUUUUUUUUUUAUAUAUAUACGUUUUAUACAUUAGAGGGUAACUAUAUUAGGUGUUCUAUUCUUAUCCUGAUCUUGAAAAAAUAUGUGAGCCUCCCUUGCUUUCUUGUUA